AUGCGCAAUACUUUCUGGACUGGUGCCAAGCCAGCCAAGUCCUCUUGGAAAAUGAGUGAAUUGCUUCUGCUGUGCAUUAUCCAGCUUCCAGUUCUCAGGGUUUACAGUAUAGAAAAAUCCAAGCAUGGCUUUUAUAUCCUCCACCUCUAUGAAGAGUUGGGUCCCUGGACUUCUGUCAAUUAUAUAAGGGUCCAAAGAAUUGAAUUUUAUAAACCUCCUGUAAAGGUCCUGGAGGAGCCAACGAGGAGAUGUGCUCUGCUGGACCUUGUACUAUCAAAGAAAGAAGGACUGGUUCAGGAUGUGAAGGUUCGGGGCAGCCUUGGCUACAGUGAUCACAAGAUGGCGGAGUUCAGGAUCCUGCCUGAAAGGAGCAGAGCAAUAAGUAGGAUUACAACUCUGGACUUCAGGAGAGCUAACUUUGGUCUUUUCAAUGACCUUCUUGGAGGGAUCCAGAAAUUUUGGGGAAAAGCGCAUCACACAAACUCACUGCUUCUGCUUUCUUUUGUCUUUCCCCUUCUCCCUCUUCCAGACCAGGAUGAGAGAGCGGCAGAGCUCAGUAGGGAGCAGAACGAGAAGACCAUUCGCAGCACGCAGACUGCUCUCCGCAAUUUCCGAGAGUUUCUUAUCUCCAAGUACCCCUCUGAGACCCGGGAGAUCUAUGUCAUCCCCUGCAAAGAGCUUGAUGCCUACCUUGCUUCCUUCUUUGUGGAUGCCAGACAAAAGGAUGGGUCUGAAUACGAGCCAAACAGUCUGGCCAACUAUCAGUGUGGGCUGGAGCGGUAUCUCAAAGAGCACAGGUAUGGAUACAGUAUUACAAGGGAUAAGGAGUUCAAGAGGUCCCAGGAAGCCCUAAAGCAAAAGCAAAUAGAGCUGAGAUGUAAAGGAAAAGGAAACAAGCCCCACAAAUCCAUGAAGCUCACCUUUGCUGAUGAGCUUAUUCUACGCAAAAGAGGCUUGUUGAGCCGGUACAAUCCUGAAGGGCUUCUGAACCUUGUCUGGCUAAACAACACUAAGGCAUUUGGACACUGCACAGGUUUCCAUGGGUCCACUCUCAAGUGGGGAGACAUCCGGCUGCGCGUGACAGAGACGGGGUUGGAGUACCUGGAGUGGAUGGGGCCGGACAAUGGAGAUGUCAAUGCCAAGAGCAAGAGAGGUGGGACAGACUCCCGGGUGUACGCCACCCAGCAUUCCCCACAGACCUGCCCUGUGCAAGACUACAAGGAGUACGCCCAGAGGCGGCCUCCAGCCAUGCGCUACGAGGACGCACCUUUUUACCUGUCCAUCAAACCCGUCGUCAACUUGGCUGCUCUUCACUGGUACAAUGGCCAAGCCCUGGGGAAAAACAAGCUUGCCAAGAUGGUAAAGACGAUGUGUGAGAAAGGCAACAUCCCUGGCCGGAAGACUAACUUCAGUGUCUACCAGAGCUGUAGCACCCUCUCAGAAGCGCAGAGCAACCAGCUGGUGCUCAUCUGCAAUAACUUGAGCCAGCAUAGGAAAAGCCACUCCAAUACUGGCAACUUCAUAGUGUCAGCAUCCUAUGACUCUUCAUCUGACACGGCUUGAAAGAGGGAUAUCACCUGAACACUUUUUUCUUUUCCUUUUUGUUUCAAGCGUUGAAUUUGUGCCCAAUAAUACACAUCAACUGUGAUUGUACACUACUCCCCCAUAGCCCUCUCUCCAGUGUUAAUUCACUUUAUAAAAAUAUAUAAAUAUAUAAUAUAUUUUUCUUUUUACAAAUAAGUCAAUAGAAAUAGUUUAGUAUUACUAACAUAGUAUUUAUAGUGUUAAUACAAAAAUGAAAGGUACUUAUGGGUUAUAAUAUAAAUGCAGAUUUUAAAAGGACAAAAAUGGUUCUCAGGCAACACAAGAUAGACUGGAAAUACCAUUUCUAACAUGCACACAUCAGUAAGUGUAUAUCCCCAGGGAGGCUUAUGUAGCAAUUCUAUUUUAAAGCAUUUUUUCAACUUAUUUUAACAUCACCUCUCAGAGUGGAGCAGACAAACUUAUCACUGGCUGCUGCUUCUUACCUGCUGGCUUAUUCUUGA